AAACGUAAUUUUUCUUCCUUCAAUCUUUUUUUUAUUUGUAUUAUGUAUAUUCUGAAUUAUUUGUCAAGUAAGGAAUUGAAUCUCUUAGUGAAAUUUUGAGGACUUCAAAAAGGCCAAUUUGGGAAAAUCUGAAGUGAAGCUUAUCGGAUAAAAAAAUGUACAACCUCUUUAGAUAAAUGUUCCAAACAACCAUAAUUCAUUCGUCUAAUGUAUUAUUUAAAAACCAAUGAAUUUGGAGAAGUUAAUUCAAAUCUUUUUGGAACAAGCAAAAAAACAAAUCCUUACUUUGUGUGAUACUGAACGUACAAUAGCCUGUCAGUGGUUGAAAAAGAUUGAGCUAGUACCAAAUCAAGACAGCAAAGUUAAAAAUCUCCAAUUACAUUCCUUGAAAUUGCUUUUACUUACAAUUGAAAGUAAAUUAUUGGUUGGACCGUUUGAAGAGUCUCCAAUUGAAAAUAAAACGUUUACAGAUUACGAUUGGGACUCGUAUAAAUUGGAAGAUUUUUCAAAUAUGAUUCGUUCGAAAAGAGAUUCACAAAAACGCCCUGAAGUUUCAUAUGCUGUUUCGUCGGAUCGACGGGAGUUGGUCACUUAUCAAAAUGAUCCAGCAACUGGACAACAUUGCUAUUAUGCUUGUUCAAAACAACCGAUAGAAGAAUGGAAUAACUUAGAAGGUGGUGUUAUUAAAAAUCAAUCAAUUGGUCAAUGGAAAGAACGCGCUGAGUAUGAAGAACUUAACGGAAAAGAAUCCCGAAACUCCUCCGUUGACGAACCCCGUUGUGAAAUGCAAGCCACCAACUCCCAAAUUAUUUUGAAUGAUGAACAAUUUCAAAAUUCAAGCCUCCGUCGUAGUCAAAGGGUUCCAAAUUUUUCAAACAUUAACACAGAUCCAUCAGUAUCUUCGCGACACACGAAUUAUCAAAGAAAUAAUGUCGAAAGACCGGAAACACCACAAAGAUUCGGAGGGAGGGGACAGACAAUGAGGCCUUAUGAAAUGGAACAAUUUGGACUUUCACAAAACGAGCAGUUCCGUUCGCCACGUGGAGUUUUUCAAAAUUUAGAUUAUGAUCGAUUCCAGGCUCAAAGAAGUCCAAUGCCACCACGUUUGACCGAUGAAAUAAUCGAAUCCUUCGAAAAUGCUAGAACUAAUCGUAGUCCUUUAAAUGAAGAUAACCAAAACAACUACGAAGCCAAACAACAGUUAUGUCGCCGACUGCAAAAAAUACGAGAUGAAAUGAAUAAAAAACCUCAAGCAAAAAUUGAGCAAGAAAUUGAAGUUGAACCCGAAAUAAUUCCUUGUCAGCGGAUAACGUUACAUGAACCAUGUGAAGACACCAUCCAUCAGCAACAUGAAACCGAUCAAGAUCUUGGAAUUUUAUCAGCUAGGGACAUGGAUGACGAGGUUUUAUUUGGUGAGCAUCAGACCAUCGAUCCAAGGACGAUUUUCAAAAAUAAAGAUGAGAACUUGGUCUCUCGAAAUGUGGUUAAGAUUGAAACUAAUACAACUAUCGAUGGCAAUAAACGAGAAGUAGUUGAAGAAUUUUUGGAGCAGGACCAUGUUAAUGUUGUUGAUAGAACUGAAAAUGAAGAGAAUUUAGUUGAUGUUAGUGAACCAACUUUCGAAUCCUUUCCAGGGUAUUCUCCCUUGCGAUUAAAUGAAAAUUCUUGGAAAAAUGUAGAUCAGUGGAAAUGUAAACCUCGUAGGGUUUUGGCAGAUUAUUCAGAUUUACCGCAAGAAGAUUUGGAAGAUAUUUCGAAACCAUCAUUUCAGCAGAGGAGUUUUGAAGAACAAGAUGCAUGCAAAAUCGAACAUAUGUCUGGAGAAGAGGAGCGAUUUUAUUCAGGAAGGCAACAGGAUGCUUCCGGGAGAGUAAAUCUACCAGGAAGUGAAAGAUUUUGCAGAGGAUAUGAGAGAGCUUUAAGUCAAAGAGACAACUCAGAAAGAUUAGAGAAUGUCAGUGAGCCAAUUUAUGCUUCAUCAUUUGAAAAUAGUGGCACGAGAACAACAUCAGGGCUUGGUAAAGGUAUAAAAUCAUGUAGGCGGUUGCCUCAAGUUGAAGUAUCGGAAAGAUUAGAUGAAGUUAGUCAACCAAGCUUUUUACAUUCCACGGAAGUUUCUCAUCAAGACUCUAGACAAAGAAGCAGAUGUCGAAUGCCCCAAGUGCAGACUUCAGAAAGACUUGAUGACGUCAGUCAGCCUGGUUUUGCAUCUUCUCUUGCAGACACUUAUCAAAGCUCGACAAGAAAAAAUGCUUGUCCAUUUAGUAGGAGAGGCAUGCCUCAAUUUGAACCCUCAGAAAGAUUAGAUGAAGUUAGUCAACCAAGCUUUUUACAUUCUGCGGAAGUUUCUCAUCAAGACUCUAGACAAAGAAGCAGAUGUCGAAUGCCCCAAGUGCAGACUUCAGAAAGACUUGAUGACGUCAGUCAGCCUGGUUUUGCAUCUUCUUUUGAAGACACUUAUCAAAGCUCGACAAGAAAAAAUGCCUGUCCAUUUAGUAAGAGAGGCAUGCCUCAAUUUGAACCCUCAGAAAGAUUAGAUGAAGUUAGUCAACCAAGCUUUUUACAUUCUGCGGAAGCUUCUUAUCAAGACUCUAGACAAAGAAGCAGAUGUCAAACAAGCCAAAGACCGGGAAUCACAUCGAUGACAUCUGAAAGACUUGAUGAGGUUAGUCAUCCCGACUUUGCGUUAUCUUUUGAAGACUCUUGUAAGAGUUCAGCAAGAAGAAAUCAGUGCCCAUUGAGUAAAAGAUGCAUAACUCAAGUUGAAGAUUCGGAAAGAUUAGAUGAUGUUAGUCAACCAAGCUUUUUACAUUCUACGGAAGUUUCUCAUCCAGACUCUAGACAAAGAUGCAUAUAUCGAGUAUCCCAAAGGGAGCCAACGGAAAAUCUUGAUGAAGUCAGUCAUCCUGAAUUUGCGUCUUCUCUUGAAGCCACUCAUGGAAGUUCCUUAAGUAGCAACAGGUGUCCAAUAAGAAGAAGAGGCAUGCCUAAAGUUGAUACUUCAGAAAGAUUAGAUCAAGUUACACAUCCAAGUUUUAUGAGUUCUUUUCAAGAUUCUAGUGUUUCAUAUAGACAAAGAAGAGAUCUAAACCAAAUUUCUGGGUCAGAAAGAUUGGAUAACAUAAGCCAACCUGAAUUUCUUCAUUCUACAGCACCAUCUUUUCAGGAUAGCAACAGAAGAACAAGUUGUCCAGUAAACCGAAGACAACUUAGACAAGAAACUUCAGAACUGUUGGAUGAAGUGAGUCAGCCUUCAUUUUUGUGUUCAGCUGAAAACACUUUCCAAGACUCAGCAAAAAGAAUUCAUUCUCCAUCAGUUUAUCCUUCUGAACGAUUAGAUGAGAUUAGUCAUCCAAGCUUUAUGGCAUCUUAUCAAGAUUCUACGGGUCCACCGAGACAAAGUAGAGGUAUGUUACUACACAAGCGAUUGCCAGAAUUUGACAUAUCAGAGAAUUUGGAUGAAGUCAGUCAACCAGAAUUCUUACACUCUACUGAAGCAUCUUUUCAAGAUAACUCAAAAAGAAUCAGAUGCCCAAGACCCUUACCUCAAAUGCAAACAUCAGAAAAUCUUGAUCAGGUUAGCUGUCCUCAAUUCUUGUCUUCCAUUGAAGAUUCUUUCCAAAACGCUGCAAUUAGAGGCAGGUCUCCAAUUGGUCGAAGACAAUUUCCACAAAUCGAUACAUGUGAAAAAUUAGAUGACAUUAGUAAACCAAGCUUUAGCGCAUCACUUCAAGAUUCUACGGGUCCUUCAAGACGAUAUAGACAUAUUUCACCAAAAAGUUGCCGACCUUUAGUUGAGACAUCAGAGAUAUUGGAUGAAGUCAGCCAACCAGAAUUCUUACACUCUACCGAAGCAUCUUUUCAGGAUAACUCAAAAAGAAUCAGAUGCCCAAGACCCUUACCUCAAAUGGAAACAUCAGAAAAUCUUGAUCAGAUUAGCUGUCCUCAAUUCUUGUCUUCCGUUGAAGAUUCUUUCCAAAACGCUGCAAAAAGAGGAAGGUCUCCAAUUGCUCGAAGACAUUUGCCACAAAUCGAUACAUGUGAAAAAUUAGAUGACAUUAGUAAACCAAGUUUUGGCGCAUCACUUCAAGAUUCUACGGGUCCUUCAAGACGAUAUAGACAUAUUUCACCAAAAAGUUGCCGACCUUUAGUUGAGACAUCAGAGAUAUUGGAUGAAGUCAGCCAACCAGAAUUCUUACACUCUACUGAAGCAUCUCUUCAGGAUAACUCAAAAAGAAUCAGAUGCCCAAGACCCUUACCUCAAAUGGAAACAUCAGAAAAUCUUGAUCAGAUUAGCUGUCCUCAAUUCUUGUCUUCCAUUGAAGGUUGUUUCCAAAACGCCGCAAUUAGAGGCAGGUCUUUAGUUGGGCGAAGACAUUUUCCACAAAUCGAAACAUGUGAAAAAUUAGAUGACAUUAGUAAACCCAGCUUUGGCGCAUCACUUCAAGAUUCUACGGGUCCUUCAAGACGAUAUAGACAUAUUUCACCAAAAAGUUGCCGACCUUUAGUUGAAACAUCAGAGAUGUUGGAUGAAGUCAGCCAACCAGAAUUCUUACACUCUACUGAAGCAUCUCUUCAGGAUAACUCAAAAAGAAUCAGAUGCCCAAGACCCUUACCUCAAAUGGAAACAUCAGAAAAUCUUGAUCAGAUUAGCUGUCCCCAAUUCUUGUCUUCCAUUGAAGGUUCUUUCCAAAACGCCGCAAUUAGAGGCAGGUCUCCAAUGGGGCGAAGACAUUUUCCACAAAUCGAAACAUGUGAAAAAUUAGAUGACAUUAGUAAACCCAGCUUUGGCGCAUCACUUCAAGAUUCUACGGGUCCUUCAAGACGAUAUAGACAUAUUUCACCAAAAAGUUGCCGACCUUCAGUUGAGACAUCAGAGAUAUUGGAUGAAGUCAGCCAACCAGAAUUUUUACAGUCUAUGGAAUCGUCACAUCAGAGAACGAGGAGUCCAAUGAACCGAAAACCCAUAUAUCAAGAGAUGACAUCUGAAAGAUUAGAUCAAAUCAGUCAGCCCAGAUAUUUGUCUUCCAUUGAUAGCACUAACGACGAUUGCAGGAGAAAGUGUAAACUACUGCAAGUAAAUGUAUCAGAGAAUUUGGCUGAUGUAAGUCAGCCAUUUUGUCCAUCUUCAUUUGAAGAUUCUACACAAAGGUCAAGAGAAGUUCAAAGGUCGGAAAGAUUGGAAGAUAUAUCUCAACCCAACUUCCUGUCCUCUUAUAAUAAUUCCACACUUCAAUCAAAGGGAAGACCUUUACCUGACUUGUUUAACAACACCCGUCAAACACAGUCCGGGGGUUUUGAGAAUCUUGAAGAUGUUUGUCAACCUAGCUUCCAGUCUUCUCUCGAAGAGUCCAAUCAGGGACCCAAGCAAAGCAUUCAGAGGCACACACAAAGUCCAAGACAAAAACUUCUUUCAAGGCUAGAUCGCUCUGAAUUAUUGGAAGACAUCAGUCAACCGUGUUAUCCUUCGUCUUUUGAAGAUUCAAUGCGUAAUCGGGAUAGGAGACCCAUUCCCCAAGUCAGUGGCUCAGAAUAUCUGGAUAAUGUCAGUCAACCUGGUUUUCAAUCUACAUUUGAUGAUUCAAGGCAUACACCAAGAAAAAUGCAGAGAAAUCAAACAAAUAACUUAGAAGAAUUAAAUGACAUAAGUCAGCCAACCUUUCCAACUUCUUUUGAAGAUUCCAUAAAAAGUACGGAAAGAGCUAUUGUUGAAACUCCAAAGAGAAGACCCUUUCCAUUAAUAGAUGUUUCUGAGGAAUUAGAAGGUAUUUGUCAACCUUCAUUUGGGUCUUGUUUCGAAGAUUCUUCAAGCAUACCCAGAAGACAAAGACCUUUUCCACAAGUUGAUAAUUCUGAGAGACUCAACGAUAUCAGUGAGCCAGAUUUUGCAACAACUUUCGAAAGCUCUGCGUAUCCUUCUGAAAGACUAGACGAUGUUUGCCAACCUUCAUUUCCGAGCUCUUUUGAUGAUUCAAGGAGGUACUCUCGAGGAAGAGAAACUAGUCAGAAUCGAGAAUCUGUUUCCAGACAAAUGCAACAGAAUAGAAUUUCAAGACGUUUACCUAUUGAGUUUGAUACAUCUGAGAUGUUAGAAAAUGUCAUUCAACCUGAAUUCCCGUCGUCAUUUCAAGAAACUUCAAAUGUUUCACGGGAACGAAAAAUAAUAAACAGACCAAUGCCUCAAAUUGAUUUAUCGGAAAAUAUUGAUUCUAUUUGUCAACCAGAUUUUCCAUCAUCUUUUAACAAUUCAACUAGAAAUGAAGGCCAAAAUGUACCGUGUACAUAUAGAAAGAAAAAUGAUUACAUGACAAGUUUCCCUGUAGAACGUGUAAUGGACAUAUCAGCCCCAAGGUUUCACUCAAGUUAUGAAGAUUCUAUGCAAAGAGCUCGUGGUAGUUCAUAUUUACCUCGAGAAAAUUUAGAAGACAUAUCAUGUCCAUCAUUUCAAACAACACCAAAAUUACCAUCACGAAGUCGACGUCAGGAUUAUCAGUGUCCUGGGGGUCCAGCACGGCAACUCUUUCCCAGGAGAGAUUCAAGAAACAGGGAUCAAAUGGAAAGAUCUGGUGAUUUUAGAAAAGUCUUCGAGGAAAUGCCUAAUUAUGCUCCAUUUGAACAGCAAGUUGCUCCGAAAAGAAAUCCAAUUACAUCGAAGCUUAAAAGACCGGUUAAUUUUGGAUGUCCCAUAUCUUAUUUGCCAAAACAUAAUGAAGUGCGUGUGGUUAAUCAAUGCCGUCGAUCCCAAUCUGAGGAAAGACCAAAUGCAGGAAAUCUUAAUGCCUGUCGAAUGAGACCUCCAGUUGUAAGGGAGGCUAAUCCACCCAGCAGAAAUCGAAUGCAAUCAAGACGUCCUGGUCCGACGCUUUCGUCAACUAGAAUACCCCUACCACCAUCAGCGCGUGGUCAAGAACAAAGAACAAAAAUGGAAAAGCAGGAAAAUCAGGAGCGUCUUAUCAAGAAGUCAUCUGUCAAAUUCCAUCAAACUAAAUCCACAUUUUUUAAAAAUAAUCAGGAUCAAGGGAAUAGAAAUCAAAGACGAUAAUUAAACAAAAUUAAAAUGUUAUAAAAUUACCUUUAGAUGAAUAUCAAUAAAAAUAAAUUUCCACAGUUUCUUAUAA